UGUUGGAAUUUUCUCAAGUUAUCCAACCUCAUUACUGUCUUAACUCUUCAGAAGAACAAAUGUCUGUGUUAGCGAUCUUUGGCUGUGGAAGAGUUCCUGAGUGAAGUGCGCAGCAGAGAGCAGCCACACAGUGCUGGGCUGGUCUCACAACCUACAGCUGUUAAGUUUCUUAUGGCACGCAAGUUUGAUGUGUCCAGAGCCAUUGAUCUCUUUCAAGCGUAUAAGAACACAAGACUCAAAGAGGGAAUCAUUAAUAUCAACCCUGACGAGGAGCCCCUUCGCUCCGAGCUGCUCAGUGGAAAAUUUACAGUCCUGCCUGGCCGUGAUGCAAAAGGAGCCGCUCUAGCACUAUUCACAGCUCGUCUACAUAGGCCAGAUGCCUCCACGCACAAGGCUGUCCUGCAGGCCAUCAUCUAUCAGCUUGACAAAGCCAUAGAAAGUAUCCAAACACAAAGAGAUGGACUCAUAUUUAUCUACGACAUGACUAACUCAACCUAUGGAAAUUUUGACUAUGAGCUCUGUGUCAAGAUCCUCAAUUUGCUCAAGGGGGCAUUUCCAGCUCGAUUGAAAUGUGUCUUCAUUGUCUCAUCACCACUGUGGUUUCGGGCCCCUUUUGCAGUUCUCCGGCUUUUUGUCCGUGAGAAGUUAAGAGAAAGGGUGUGCACAGUGAGGGCGCAUGAGUUAGCCAACCAUAUCCCCAUUUCCUCCCUCCCAGAACACCUUGGAGGAACAUCCCAGUACAGCCAUGUGGCAUGGAUCCAGUCUUGUGUCAAUACGCAAACAGAUGCUAUUGAGGGUGAAACGCAGAGGCAUGACUCUCAUGACUGUGUAGGAAGUCUCUUGCGUUCCUACAGUUUGGAGUGCAGCAAGUCAAGCGCUGGCGCUGACCACACUCACAUUAAUACACAGUUAGGUUCUGAGUUGGUUGCAGCUAACUCAAACUGCUUUGAUGAUAGUAAUGCAAAUCCACACAACCACUAUGACAAUGUGGAGGGCAGGACUCGAGACCCAGACCUUAACCAACAGGCCCCAUAUUCUGCUGCCAACAGACCACUGGGAAAUCACCAACACUGGAAUGGCUCAGCUGUAACCAGUCGCUCAAGUCCCAAUGCUAAUGUCAAUGGCCGUGGACAUCAAGCUCCGCCACAGUCAGACACACCCCCUGACACACCUCUUUCUCAAAAAGAUAGCAUGGAUGUGUUGGAUGGUAAGGGCACCAACAAUGCCAAAAGAUCAGAGGAGCUUCAGACGAAUGAUAUCGAGUCUGUUGAUGUGGGUGAGGAAGGUGUUCCUCCACUGCCCCAGAAGUCUUUGCCUCGUCCACCACAUCAGACCUCCUCCCAAUCGCCACAUCUGUCCUGGUCAGACGAUGACGAGCGCUGCAUAGAGGAGUCUGUUCACAUGCCAGAGCAGGGAGGCAUGACGCUGCAUGACCUGGUGGAGCAUGUCAAAAGGAAAAAGAAGAAGGGGAUCUACCAGGAGUAUGAGGAAAUCCGGAAGGAACCUCCAGCUGGAACCUUUGAUUAUUCAAAGAAACUGGCCAAUCAAAUAAAAAAUCGGUACAGCGACGUGCUGUGCCUGGACCACUCACGUGUGCGACUUUCUCAGCUCUGUGAUGCUGACGAUGAGACAUCAGACUACAUUAAUGCUAGCUUCAUGGAUGGUUACAAAAGAAGAAAUGCCUAUAUUGCUACUCAGGGUCCUUUGCCUAAAACAUUUGCUGACUUCUGGCGCAUGGUGUGGGAACAGAUGGUACUAAUAAUUGUUAUGACCACAAGGGUGGUGGAGCGAGGCCGUGUUAAGUGUGGUCAGUAUUGGCCUCUAGAAGAGGGAAGGACUGAGCAGCAUGGGUGCUUUUUGAUCAGAAACACUCACAUCCAAGUGUUUCAAGACUUUAAACUCUCCCAUUUAGAGUUGUACAACACACAGUCUGGUGAAAGACGAGAGGUAUGUCACUACCUGUAUGUCAGCUGGCCAGACUUUGGGGUGCCCAAAAGUGCUACAGCCAUGUUGGAUUUUCGUGAACAUGUAAUUCAAAGGCAGAAAACAGCUGUACAAAACUUGGGCACCAGUUGGAACGGACGUCCCGAAGGCCCUCCAGUGGUUGUCCAUUGUAGUGCUGGCAUUGGUCGCACAGGUACAUUCUGCACUCUGGACAUCUGUCUUUCACGUCUAGAGGACAUAGGCACAGUAGAUGUCUGUCAAACUGUGCGCCGAAUGCGCACUCAGAGGGCUUUUAGUAUUCAGACCUGGGACCAGUACUACUUCUGCUACACGGCAGUCAUAGAGUAUGCCCAGCGCCAUGGCAAACUGAGCCCAGUGCAGUGGUCUGACUCAGACAUAGAGACUGACAGUGAGUGAGACACUCGUGGGCUCAUAGGACAACAUUUUGGAUUUCAAGCCUAAGCUGAAUUCUGUGGAGAUGGAUUCACAGAUGCGCUACAGUUAAAUGUCAUGACUUACCGGAUGAACUUUUUUGACUGGGGUCAUAUCUAAAACGAACACCUCUACCAAAACAUAGAUGGAUAGAGCACAAGAGGAGAAAAGACUGCAUUGUCGCUGAUUAAGCAAACUGUGCUGCCAAUGUCCAAGCCCCUUUAUAUUUGCAAACUAAAGGAGACAUGGCUUGCCCUGAACCGGUCUUGUUCACAGGAGAAUGAAUUGUAGCAUUUUUAUGAUUUGCACAUGAGGAAUGAUGAGCUCUACCCCUUAAUAACCUCAAAACAUGGUCCUUUUUUGUUUUCCAGCCCUAAUAUGUAUGUGAUUGGAACACACAGAAUGUGAGGAAUGAGUGUGGGUGAAACGUGUGUGUAUGUUUCAAUUUUCUUUGUGUGUUUCAUAUCUUUACAUAUAGACUAACUUUUAAAAGCCAAAGUCCUUACCUUGAAUGCAUGGAUGUACUUGUGAAAUGGUAGACUGAAGCCAAUGUCUAUUCUUGUGUCAUACAUUUUUACCCAUUAUGUAUAAUAACAUCAUAAAAGGGAAAACCUUGUUUAAUUUAAUUCACUUGUCAUAGCGAAUAAAUAUUUAUGUAGCGACCCAGCUGGUUAAAAAUUUAAAUCAUAUUUUUAUGUAUGAUAUUCAGGUCCUACAAUAAACUUUAUCAUAGAACAUUCUUAUCAGGCAGUCUUGGGUAAAUUGGCCUGAACCUGCUUCACUGCCUCCUCACCUCUGAGUCUAUGACCUACACCCCUGCCUUUGAAAUCUUCCGUGAUAGUUUUACAUAAAUUCUUGGGGACAAGCUGCCUCCGAAAAGUGUGCCUUCACAUUCUCCUUGUUAUGUCUCAGAGUUCAGCUAAUAUCGCAGUAACAGAGCAGUGCACUUGCAUACUACCACUGAUUGUGCUGAUCAGGACUUAAAUAUUCUGCCUCUAGUCCUGCACAGAGUUUGCUUGUAAUAAAGACAGGACAUUACUGCAGUACGUGUGCAAGAUGAGACAUUGUUUUAUUUGACCUCAGGGGGUUUUCUAAUGUUUUUGCCUAGUGUCAAAGAUCUGUUUCUGAGUUUGCCUCUGGUAAAUUAUCAUUUAAGAAAACUAUAUCAAUUUUAUUUUUACGGAAUUGUAACCUAUAUUUAUGUCUUUUGUAAACGUAUACAGUUAUGAAAUUUGUGAAUGAUGGUACGAUGCUUAAUACAACAUUUCAUUUGAUAAUCUGAACAAAGAGUGUGGCAUUUUUAAGGAAAUCUGGUGGAACACAAAUGAGUAAUUUUUAAAUACUACAGCAGUUCGAAGUAUUUUUAGAGAGCUUUGAAUGGUUAAAGUCUGACAAAACCUUCACCCUAUGGUACAAUGCCAUGGAAAAGGUAACGUUUUAUAACGACAGUUCCUUUGUGAUACCUGGGAGAUAACCAUCACAAGACUUGCAUACUUUGAGAACGGUGAAAGAGCCUUGAAUGUUUUGGGGUGAUGGCGUUAAAUGCAGACGUUGAUGUGGACCCCUCAGUUCUCUUACCAAAGGCCCAGGUUCAUUUGAGACUUUUUACACAGCCACAAAAGCAUGGACCUAACAGCAACCACAGACACAAGACAACUGUGGAGAAACACGGUGAAGAAAAUGCAGGGUUGUGUUUGUGAAGAUCUUGCUACUUUGUUUUACAAGAGAGUAUGCAAUGUGAGUCAAUGGUGUUUUUAAUGUUACUUUCUGUGUUCUUGCGAUUGAUUUAUGGCCUUUUACAUGCUGUCAAUUCAGCAGUUCCAUUAAAACAAAGGUAUUACUAUAACGCUCUUGAGUACGGUGAUAA